AUGACUGGACAAGUUGAUCGUGAGGUGUUAUCUGAGGCAGAAAGAUAUGAGCGCUCAGAACAAUACAUUCCCUCAAGAUCAAGUCGUGAACAACAUCCCAUGACUGGACAAGUCGGUCGUGAGACUUCAUCUGUAGGAGAAGGAUAUGGGCGAUCAGAACAAUACAUCCCCUCAAGCGAAAAUACUCAACCAUACCACUCGACUAGAUAUCCCCACCACCAUGCAUCCUCCGUGGAAGGACAUAGACCCAAUACGGAAUUAUUGAACGCACCGAGAUUACAAGCUAGACAAUUACCUUUUCCACCAAGUAAUCUUGAACCAAACAAUGAUAGGUUUUCUCAACAAAAUGAAAGGUAUCGAUUUUCUAACAUUAGACCAUCUCAUCUUUCCUCUGAUCAAGGUAGAAGUUCCAUACCCUCUGAUCAAGAUAGAGACCCCAUACCCAUAUCUGAAGAUAGGACACAUACUUUUAUUGGUUCUUCAUCUACAAGAUCUGACCUACGAGAUGACUUACCGGAUCGACCAAGAAAUCCGCUUCCUUGGAAUUCAGGACCAGGACCAGGACCAGGACCAGGAUCAGGAUCAUCAAGACAAGAUGAACUUUCAUAUCAACAUGAGAUACAUCAACAAUCACAAUCUGGACAAUCUUCUGCACCAGAACAAUUAACUUUGAUAGAACUUACCGAGGCACCAAGAAAUUCCAGAGUUCCCUUUGAUCAUUCAACACCCGCAGUAGGAGGUAUAACAUCUCAAGGUGAAACUUGGCGUUCUAUUUUACCGAAUCGAUCAAGACUCUUGUAUCUGGGUCAUGCGGAAGAGGAAGAAAGUGGAUCUGACUAG